UUGCGACGAACUGGACUAAAGUAGAUAUCCAUUACAGCAAUGUAAAUAUCAUGCGAACAAAAUGUGUAGGUAAGAGUUUUCGAAUAAGGGGAUUUUCCAGUUACUACUAUGUAUGUUCAUUUCAACAAUGGUGCUUAGUGUGGUAAAAACAAACAUAUCUUCAAGACAGUGAUUUUGAAACCGUAGUAGAUUAAAUUAGAGAUAGAUUUUUUACAAACAAAAUUUUUUUCUCAACCGUGUAACUUCAAAUCCGUGUAAAAAGAAACCGUGUAAAAAAGAGUUGGGUGUACUUUAAAAGCCGAAAAUAUAAAGCUUAACCCUGGUCGAGACCAAUGGUGCUUGGCUAGGCCAAGUGGUGUUUACAUACAUUUGUAUGGAAAUACGUGUUCAGGGGUGUUGUGGAAUCUGAUAGUUGUCGGAAUCAGAAUUGAAACCGAUCAAAAAACGUAGUAGGUGUCAUGAAUUCAGAUAUUAUUGGUUUGAUGUUCGAAACAGAAUUUGUAUCGGUUUUGGGUGUCAUCGAAACCAAUUUUAUCGGUUUUGCUAUCAGAAAUAAAACAAGAAGAUAAUCGCCAACAGAUUUGAAUAUUCAGUUUAUAUUUCUGUGUGUUGUUAGACGGUUGACAAAAUGUAAGUUAAGAAAUUUAUUUAUUUUAUUGUUACGAAGUAAUUAACUUUAUUUUUGUAGGGGAAAACAUAAGAACAGAACGCAAAAUACGUUUAUAAUUUAAUUUAUGGAAAAAAAUCCUGAUAUCUUAAGAGGAUUUACGAAACGUAAUAAGCCGAUGAUAGAUUCGUUAUGGCAGGCAUUAACUGAAUCCCUUAAUGCUGCAGGUCCUCCACACAAAGACGUAAACGGGUGGAAAAAGGUUAUAACUGAGUGGAAAAGCGAAAUCAAAAGAAAAUUAGCUCACAACAAAAUUGAGAGUCGAGCAACAGGAGGUGGCCCAUUUUCAAAAUAUCAGCUCACUCCAAACGAAGAAACCAUUGUGCGUCUUUGUGGCAUUUCGCAAACUAUAGAAGGCAUAUUAGGCGUUUCUCUUGGUACCCAACCCGUUAAUGAGAAUUUAAAUAUACCAAUUGCAGGGGUGAAUGUAGAUUUGUCUUCCUCAUCGCCAGAGGAACAAAAUAUAAACUUGAGUUAUAAUGCAUCCAAUAGACAAAAAGAUACCGACGAUAUACCCUCCACGUCACAAAGGCAACACGAAAUAAAUGCUAGUGUACCUAGAAGGCAAAAAUUAGAAAGUACAGCAGAUCGCUUAAAACGAUUUUUGGAUGAGGAAGAUAACAAAAAUGGAGAUAUAUUGAAAAAAUUUGAUCAAAUAAUAGAACUGCAAUCUAAAAAUGCUAGCAGCUUGAGGCGUAUAUACCAAGCAAUAGGGAGUAAUAAUAAAACUGUUGGAAGAGCUAUUACUGAAUUGAAAGAUGAGUUUGUAAGUAUAAGUACUCAAUUACUUAAAGCUAUUGUGAAAAAAAUGAGAUUAAAAAAGAACAACUAAAUCUCGAAGUUCUCAAGUUUGAACACAAAAGACAAUAUAACGAAAAAAAAGAUUAAAUAUUAAGUAUAUUAUUUAAUUAAAGAUCCUGAUUGUGAAAUAUACUUAAAGUACCUGAAUUUAUAAGGCUGAUUUUAGUUUAGUCAUGAAGACUGUUAUAUUUAAAAUUAAGAAAUAAAUCCAUUGAGUUACAAAGUA